AUGGGACUACCGGCGAUGAGACCCCUCCUGCUAGCGGGCGGCAAGUCGACCCGGAUGGGCACACCCAAACACCUCCUCCGGAUGCCCGACGGAACACCCCUGUACCGGCGGCAGCUGCAACUGCUACGCACCAUCUUCCCGGAGCCGCAGACGAUCUUCAUCUCGCUGGCGCAGGAGUCCGAGACAGACGAGUUCCUCGACGAGCUGCUGGCGCAGGCCGCCAACCAGCCUGCCGAAGUGGAGGACUGCAAGACACCACCUCCGAGGAUACAUAUCCUGCGCGACUAUCACCCCGCAAACCCGGAUGCAAAGCAUGCUACUGCCGGCGGCGACAGUGGCCCCGCAGCGGGACUCCUGGCAGCGUACCGCUACGACGCGUGGGCGUACUGGGCAGUGUUGGCGUGCGAUUACCCUCUGAUCCCCGCGGAAGCCUUCUUCCACCUGUUCGUCAAGCGCGACGCCGUGCCCGUGACGUGUUUCCGCACCGCCGAAGGGGUAUGCGAGCCGCUGCUGGCGAUUUGGGCGCCGCCUGCGCUGUCGCGUUUGGCGGAGCGGGUUGCGCGGGGGCAUCCGCGGCCCGAGGAGACGGCGAGGGAGCUUGACGGGUUGAUGGUUGAUGCGCCGGCUGGGUGUGAGUGGUGGUUGACGAAUGUGAAUACCAUGGAGGAGUGGGUGAAGGCUGUGGAGGAGAUGAAGUUGGGGCCGCCUGGGAGGGGGGAGAUUGCGCCGGAGGGUAUUGUUGCGGAUGUUGUAAUCACCAUGAGCGCACCCUUAGAACAGAACGGCUCAGGCCUAUUCAGCCUACCAUGGGAAAUCAGAGAGAAAAUCUACGAGUACUACCUCUCAUUCGACCACGACGACUUUGGCGACACAGUCCGGCCGCUGCACGUCUACUUCGAGCAAGGGGAAUACAAGAAACCCUUACCGCCGCUCAUGUUAACCUGCAAGCGCGUCUACCGCGAACUUCACCAGCCCGUCCACGCCGACGCCAUCAUGCGCGUACACUCCCACGGCUACGGCGACCGGCGCAUCGGCUUCGCCGUCCACGGGACCCUGCGCUUUGAGCGCCUGCGGCGGCUGUACGUCCUCAUCGCCAUGGAGUAUCCCAACUGGAAUCGGUGGCUGGCCAUCUUCGCCGAAGUAGCGCGGCGGGCGGAGGGUUUGGCGGAGCUUGUCGUUGAUUGGGAGCCGAGGCCGGGGCCGCCGAACCCGAAAGUGUGGGAGGCCAAGUUGACGGAGAAGAAACAUGAUGAGUUCUUUGGGGUGUUGGCCGCGUUGAAAGGGUUGGAGGUUGUGAGGUUUUAUGGGGAGAUGCCGGAGGGGUGGAGGGACAGGUUUGAGAGGGAGGUUGAUGCGAGGCUUGCACUCCUCGCCAAAGGCGAAUACGACGAGUAUUCCAUCUUCAAGCCAUACCCCGACAUCUCCUACUUACCCUCUCGAAUUCCUCCUGGAAAACAAGAGAUCUUUUCCUCACCCACACUCUCACUUGCUUCUUUGGCAAGGCACUCUUCACGACCUUCGCUUCUACAGCAGAACCUUUACACUGCGACAACAACCAAGCUCUUUGCUGAUGACCAGAGAGUUAUCCACAAUGAACCUGGAGAGGAUUCUCUUCCUCACAGCGUGCGUGUCUGCUACGAGGACGCAGAGGGCCGAGUUGUACCUUACCCUGCUUCCAACUAUCGCAUCAUUACCGAGGAGACCCACCACCGUGAGAUGAUGUUCAACAGACACAUCGUCAGCUACUUCCAGCUCUGCAUCAACGUCAUAGUGGCCUACUUUUUCGGCUUCCUGGUCUGCUACGGCAUGCUCAGCAUCAUCCGCCCUUGCUCUGCUCACGGAACCGUCAACCCGGCCUUCGAGAUCGCCGCUCGCCAGGAGUACUCCCUCGACAACACCAUGAAUCUUGCUCACUGCAACAUCCAGCUCGAGAAGCGCGGCUACAUUGACGAGGCUGCCUUUCGCCGAGCUCAGCUUGCCAACUCCCUUCGUCAUGCGGGCAUUACCAUGCGUGACAUCGACUCUGUUCUCAGCACCGACCAUGAGAUCACUGAUGACAGCGUCAACUGGCACACUCCCGAUGCUGACAUCUUCGCCACUCGUGAUGAUGGUUGCGUUCUCAGCAUCGAGACUACUGAGGGUCCUUUCUACGUCGAGGGAGAGCUCGACCGCUUCGACCUGACCGAUGGCCAGUCUGGCAUUCCCAUGUACCUCGACCUCCAGAUCAUCGACACCGAGACCUGUCAGCCCGUUCCCGACAUCUGGGUUGAAGUCUGGCACACCAACUCCACCGGCAUCUACUCCGGCGUCGUCUCCAAGGCCAACGGCGCAGGCGAAGCUGACCCCUCCAACGCAGACAAGACAUUCCACCGCGGCCUCCGCAAGACCAACGCCAACGGCGCCGUCUGGUUCGGCACCAACCUGCCCGGCCACUACUCCGGCCGCACCCCGCACAUCCACAUUAUGACCCACGUCCCGGGCACCGAGCGCCUCGCCAACGGCACCAUCCAGGACAACGUCGCUACCCACGCGGGCCAGCUCUUCCUCGAUCAGAAGCUCGUCGAUACCUUCCGCAAGCACGAGCGCUAUGCCGCCAACGAGCAGACGUUCAUCGAGAACAAGCAGGAUUACUAUUUCCGUCAGGAGGCGAACUUUACGGAUCCUGUGAUGAGCUAUGUUCUGCUUGAUCAUGAGGAUCGUGAUAUCGAGAAGGGUGUUAUGGCUUGGAAGCUUGUGGGUGUGAACAUGACUAAUGUUCGCGAGAUCCACGUGGCUCAUCAGUUGGAGGGUUAG